AUGGAUGACCUGAGCAUCAACAUUUCAGGCCUGGCCCCAGGUGCUGCCCGCACCAUCCAGGCCCUGGGCAGGCGGAAACGUGUGUCGGAGGGUCCUUCAAAGAGGAAGGCGAAGUCGGCGAAGCCUUUGACUGGGAGAGUGAAGAAGAGCGCGACGGAGGCGGAGAGGCUCCAAGAAAAGGAGCCGCCGGGAGCCUCAAACCGCGCGAAGCGGAAGCGAGAGGCGCCCAAGCCGAAGCCAGCAAAGGCGAAGGUCUUGGAGGCCUGGAAGAGGACCCAGGCCAAGGCCACGCCGGCCACGGCCGCGCCGGCCACGGCGGCCAGGGCCAAGGUGAGGAAACCCUUGCAUCCGUCAGGAGCAGAUCAGACGCCAUCGAAGCCUCCCAAGAAGCCAAAGAUCCGUGAACGUGAAGCCCCCCGAAAGGCCGCAGAACUGAAAGAGAGCGGUGUCGUUUCGGAGACGGCUUUUGUGGCCUUGAAACUUCACGAGUCCUUGCUUCGGCAGCUUCAAUAUCUGGGCUUUACAGACUGCACACCCAUCCAAGCCCUCGCUGUGCCUCGGGCAUUGACGGGCAAGCGGGAUGUCUUGCUGCGGGCCCCGACAGGCUCAGGCAAGACCUUGGCUUUCUUGUUGCCGGUCUUGCACCAAUUGCUGGUGACUCCGGGUGGCAUAGACCGCAGGAAGGGCACGUUGGCCACAGUCCUUUCACCUACCAAAGAACUGGCGCUCCAGACCCUGAAGGUUGCGUCUGAUCUGGCUCGGAUGAUGCCUUCCCUGGUGUGUGGAGCGGUGGCCGGUGGAGAGAAGCCCAAGAGCGAGAAAGCCCGCAUCCGCAAAGGUCUCGUGCUCCUCUGCGCGACUCCGGGGCGCCUGGCAUACCACCUCGAGCACACAGCCACCUUCGUUGUCCGCAACAUCCGGUGCCUUGUGUUGGAUGAAGCAGAUCGGCUUCUCGAUAUGGGCUUUGAGCCACAGAUUCGAUCUAUUCACAAGAAGAUCUUGGAAGCAGCCAAGGAGGGCGAGAAUGCCGAAAGCCCCACGGGAUCAGUGCAGACGCUGCUGGUCUCGGCAACUCUGGUUCCCGCGGUGCAACAGCUUGCUGAUUUCUGCCUCCGUCCGAAAGCCUUCUGGGCAGAUGCAGAGACACAUGCGAAGGAAGAAGUCGCUGAGACGGGCACCGUGGCUGUGGGUCAAGAGCUGAACUUCUUGGCCCCAUCCACCCUGACCCAAUGGUACUGCGUAGUUCCAGGGAAGGAGCGGCUCGCAGCCCUCUUUGCUGCGAUCUUGUCGCGGGUGGGUGAGAAGAAGUCCAUCAUCUUCUUCUCCACGGGAGCUUCGGUGGACUUCCACUGCGACCUUCUCCAGGACGCAGCCUGGCCCCCACGCGGCGGAAGAAUGAAGAGGCACGACCAGCCAGCCAUCAAGAAGCUGCAGGGUCGCUUCGUUGGCCUGGCGAAAGAUGCCAAGCUCUUGAAGGAAGAGGACGAUGAGGAGGAAGAGGAAGAGGAGGAGGUAGCUGAAGACGUCGGUGAUCGCGAGAAUGAAGAGAAGAUGUUUGCGAAGACCAAAAUCUUCAAGUUGCAUGGAAGCCUCUCCAAAGAAGAGCGUGCUGGUUACAUUAAGGACUUCCUCAAGGUCCCUGGAGGAGUGCUUCUUGCUAGCGAUGCGGCUUCUCGCGGCCUCGACUUCCCGCAGAUCGACUGGAUCAUCCAGUACGACCCUCCGCAGAGGACCGAGGAGUACCUGCACCGCGUGGGCCGCACAGCCCGUAUCGGCCAGCAGGGCAGCGCUUUGCUCUUCCUGCAGCCCAGCGAGCUCGGCUUCCUGGACGUCCUGCGAAGCCGAAACCUCACGGACCUCCGGGAGAUGCAACUCGAGGAGCUGUUAAGCGGGUUGCGAAGCAAAGCGCCCGCUUCUCUGACAAGCUAUCGGGACAUGCAGGGCCUCUUGUCCGGCCACCUCGCCAGCCGCGUGGCGGCACAGGCAGCCUUGGCCUCGCGGGCGCGCUCCGGUUUCCUGGCCUCCUUGAAGGCUUACCGCUCCUUCCCACGGGAGCUCCGAGCAUCCUUUCCUUUCGGCCAGCUCCACCUGGGACACCUGGCGACCAGCUUCGCCCUUCGCGAGGCACCGCGCGAAGUGGUCCAGAAGAACCGGUACGAGCGUACUGCAGGUGAGGCGCAGGUGCCGAAAGAUGACCAACAGUGGCUUGAGCCUUUUCAGACUGCUGUCCAAGCCGAGGGGAUGGCCGAGAGCGCGGCCGGAAGGAGCUCGAGCUCCUUCCAGCUGGGCAUCUCCAGCCUCCCAGGCAAGCGAGGCAGCACGGACCCUUUGCCCUGCCAGGACUGUUUGAGCCUCACGCGUUACGACGAGGACAUCCUCUAUGUGCUUUGUGAUGGGCAUGGCCCGUUCGGACAUCUUGUCGCCUUCCGUGUAGCGCAGAGCUUGCCUUGGUUCCUGGAGCAGCUUUUGGCUGCAGGGCAUCGCUCGGAGGAGGCUUUGGUGCAUGCCUUCCCGAAAGUGGCCGAAGAUGUGGCGGAGUUUGCCAAGGCCAAGUAUAUCGACAUCUCAUCGUCGGGAGCAAGCUGCAGUGUAGCUUUCCGGCAUGGGGACGAGGUGAAAGUGGCUUGGCUUGGAGACACGCGCGUCCUGGUGGCCACGGUCACAGAGACGAGCCGGCGAGUGGACCUGGUCACUCCGGCUCAUACCACCGAGGACGUAAAGGAGCUGCAGCGCGCGCGGAACAGUGGUGCCAAGUUGGUUCAGGUGCCGCCGAAUUCCGGUCACGUAAGGCUCUUCGUACCGGGCGAGCGUUACCCGGGCCUCUUCGUUACCCGCGCUUUCGGGGAUGUGGCCGGACAGGGUCUCGGCCUCUCUUCGCAGCCCGAGAUCAGGAAGACCUCCUUCGAGAGGACACCCGGUGUGGUGCUGCUGGGCUCGGGUGGCUUCUGGGAAAUGCUGGAUGACGCAAGGCCCGGCGAGGAGGCCCUGCAGCUCUUGAGCAGCUGCCGCUUAAAAGAGUGUGGCCCGAGCUUCGCGGCCGGCAAGUUGGCGGCUGAAGCACGUUCUCGCUGGCACCAGGCCGCCGAGGACUGCUCCGACGAUGUCUCCUGCAUCCUGUUGCAUUGGAUGCCUGCACCAGCUCAGGGAGGAAGCCGGGACGGCCCUGGCAGCCUUCCAACAGCGCCGUCGCGGCCGAUGCCCCAAGAGGACUUGGCCCUAACUCCAGACACGUCGCUGUGUCCAAAGGAGUUCGAUCGGCAGCUCGUGAGCGCCGUCGAGGCCUCUUCGGGGUCCAGCGGCGCCUGGCUUCGCGAGCCGCUUUCAGACAAUCGCAUCAGCUUGAAACGCCUGGAUGCAGCAGGACUGGCCCAGGCACUGCCGACCUUCCAGGGUGGCCGGGCACAGGCAUGCUUCUGCAGCCGCCGCGGGGUGGAGCCAAGCAAGGACUGCUUCAGCAUCACCCAGAGAGCUGGGCGAGCACUCUACCUGGUGUGCAACGGCUUCGGCCCGGCUGGCCACAUGGUGUCCUUCCGAGUGGCGCAAAGCAUUCCCAAGUUCCUUUUCGAAGCCACCGAGGAGGUGCCUGAGCAGCUCGUGGCCCGAGCUUUCCACGCGGCAGCGGCGGAGCUCAGCCACUUCGCAGCAGCGCACGUAGCGCCUCACUGCGACCUUUCGCAGUCAGGCGCCAGCGUGGCAGCGCUCCUGCGGCAGGACGACUCUGUUCACUUGGCCUGGCUCGGAGAGAGCCGGGUGCUGGUUGCGACCAUUGCUGGACAGUUCAGCCGGGUGGAUCUCCUGAGCCCCACACAUCUGCAGCCAGACGGACUCGAGCUGUCUCGCGCUUUCGGGCACUCAGCCAGCAAGUCAACAAGGCCUGACUUGGCCAAGACCUCCUUCGACUCCACUCCGGGCCUCGUGCUGCUCGGCUCGGGCCAGCUCUUUGAGUCCAUGUCCGGAGAGGACGCAGUGGAAGUCCUGCAAGAGACUCCUCUCACCGCAGCUGUGGCAGGCACGGCCUUGAACAGAUUGUGCGACAAGUGGCAACGGACCUGGGACGGGAAGAAGAGCCUUCUUUGCUUUCUGCUGUUCUGGCCAGGGGAAGAGACUCGCGUUGAAUCUCCAAAGUCUCCGUCGCCGCUGUCGCCUGCGAUUUCUCCUUCCAGGUCGGCCCAAGCUGCGCUCCUAGCCGGCAAAGCACGCUACUUGCAGGCAAAGCCCGUGAGCGGAGCGGUGGUGGGGCAGGCCUGCCCGGAAGCUCCGACUCCUCCACAACCGGCUUCGCCCAAGGCUGAACCCUACUAUUGCCCCAACUGUGGGACCCUCAACCCGGCAACUGCGCGGUUCUGCAAAAACUGCGGCCACAAGCGGCCCGAGGCCGCGCCGUUUGCUGCAGCGCCAGCUCCGGCCCCCUCGGCCGCCCUGGCGGCCAAGGCGGAGGCCAAGCCUCCCUGGAAGCCCAGCCGAGCGCCGGACCCUUCGAGGCCCUUCUUGGCGGCCUUGGGCAGUGCGGAGAGUGAGGCGAUCAGCGGCCCUCGGAUUCCGAGCCCACCCUUUGCUCCCGCAGUGCCGGCUCCCAGUUUGGCCGCCGUGGGAAAGCGCUUGGAUGCAGCUCAGAGGUACGCCUUGGCAGCCGGCAGCAUUCUGACGCCACAGUUUGCCCCCGUCCGCCCGAAUUAG